UUCAGAGAAUGUGGAUCAGCAGCGAGACAGAAGACUGAACACACACACACACACACACACACACACUCCGUCUGCUGUCUGUCUGAGUGCUCGUCUGUCCGUCCAUCCGUCUGCAGCCGCCAUGCAGGAGUGUGUGCGGCACCUGCUCAUCCUGUGUGUGUUCUGCGCACUCUUAGUGUGUGUGUGCCGCGGGGCGUGUGCAGAGGUGGACUCAGACACAGAGGCAGUGGCGGGUCAGGGCUUCACUCUGGGCUGCAUCUCCUGUAAGAUGCGUGGAGAAGUGGAGGCCACGGCUACAGUAGACUGGCUCUUCAGGGCCCGCGGGGAGGCCGACUUCGUGCACAUCUACACGUAUGAUGGCUCCUCUGAGAACAUCAUCGACGAGCGUUUCCUGGACCGUCUGGAGUGGCACGGCAGCAGGCGCACACUGGACCUGCAGGACGCCUCCGUCGACAUCACUAACGUCACCUUCAACGACUCCGGCGUCUUCCGCUGCGUCUUCAACCGCGUGCUCAUCUACGAGCACUACGAGUUCUCCAAGGUCACCAGUAAAGACGUGCACCUGACUGUGGUGGCCAAAGCCACUCGAGGCACCGCAUCGAUCGUGUCUGAGGUGAUGAUGUACGUCUCCAUCAUCGGUCUGCAGCUCUGGCUCCUGGUGGAGAUGAUCUACUGCUACAGGAAGAUUGCAGCGGCUGGAGAGGAAGCUCUGAGAGCCAGCGCGGCGGAGUAUUUAGCGAUCGCGUCUGAGAGCAAAGACAACUGCGCCGGUGUGCAGGUAGCAGAAUAACACAGGUGUUUCUUCCUGGAUCCUCCAUCCUCACUUCCUUCCUCAUGUUUUUCUAAUGGUUUCUUACCUCUCCAAUGACUCUGAGCAUGAAUUUUUCUGCUAUGCAUGGAUGAAUCCCUCACACGCCGCUCUGGAGCUGCACAGACCUGCUGACGGAGCGCAAACCCCACAGCCAACAUGAUCAGCACAAUACUCCACCACGGAAAACACAACACUCCUCGAUGAUAAGUACUCCACCAGAGAAAACUAGCCCCGCAGUACUCCUCCAUGAUGAAUACUCCAACACAGAGAAAAGUAGCGCAUUACUUCAUAAUGAAUACUUGUGGCACAAUACUCCACAACAAAUACUUGUGGCUCAAUACCCCUCCACAGUGAAUACUUGCAGCACAAUAUUCCACGAUAAAAACUUUCUCUGAAAUACUCCACAGCCAAUACUUGCGGUGCAAUACUCCACAACGUAUACUGUGGCUUAAUGCUCCUCUACUGCGAAUACUUGUGGCACAAAAGUCUUCAGAGCAAAUACUAGAGCCACAAUACUCCACCGAAGGGAGUACUAACGCUGCAAAUCUCUAAAGUAAAUACUACCGACGCAGUACUCCACAGUGAAAUCUAGUUCGGCAAUACUCCUGCACCGCAAACCGUACUCCACCACAGUCAAUACUAUGAAUUCUAGUGCUGUAAUACUCCACCACAGCAAACAAUACUCCACCACAGCAAACAAUGCUCCACCACAGUGAAUACUUUUGGCGCAGUACUCCUCCACAGGAAACACAAUACUCUAAUACUUGCAGUGCAAUACUCCACAUCAAAAACUAGUGCCACAAUACUCCUCCACACUGAAUACUUGCGGCACAUUACUCCUUCACAGGAAAUACUUGUGCCACAAUACUCCACAGCGAAUACUGCAUCACAAAAUACUCCACAACAAAUACUUGUGGCUUAAUACGUCUCCCGAGCAAAUACUUGCAGCACAAUAUUACACUAUAAAUACUUGCAGCGCAAUACUCUACAACAAAUACUGUGGAGCAAUACUCCUCCACAAUAAAUACUUGCGUUGCAAUACUCCACUACUAUGAAUAUUUGCUGCAAAAAACUCUUUACAGCAAAUACUAGACUACAAUACUCCACCAAAGUGAGUUCUAGCUCAAAUCUCCAAAGUGAAUACUAUCGGCACAGUACUCCACAGUGAAAACUAGUUCGGCAAUACUCCUGCACUGCAAACAAUACUCCACCACAGCGGAUACUAUGAAUUCUAGUGCUGUAAUACUCCACCAAAGCAAACAAUACUCCACCACAGUGAAUACUUUUGGCGUAUUACUCCUCCACGGGAAACCCAAUACUCUAAUACUUGCAGUGCAAUACUCCACACCAAAAAUAGAUCAAUACUCCUCCACAUUGAAUACUUGCGGCACAUUACUCCUCCACAGGAAAUACUUGUGGCACAGCACUCCACAGUGAAUACUUGCAGCGCAAUACUCCACCACAACAAAUACUUGCGGCGCAAUACUCCACAGCGAAUACUGCAUCACAAUACUCCACAAUAAAUACUUGUGGCUCAAUACUCCUCUACUAUGAACACUUGCAGCACAAAACUCUUCACAGCAAAUACUAGAGCCACAAUACUCCACCAAAGUGGGUACUAGCGCUGCAAAUCUCUAACGUGAAUACUAUCGGCGCAAUACUCCACAGUGUAAACUAGUUCGGGAAAAGUCCUACACCACAAACAAUACUCCACCACAGUGAAUACUUUUGGCGUAGUACUCCUCCACAGGAGACACAAUACAUUAAUACUUAGUGUGCAAUACUCCACACCAAAAACUAGUUCCACAGUAGUUGCCCACGUUGAAUACUUGCGGCAAUUUACUCCUCCACAGGAAAAACUUGCAGCGCAGUACUCCACAGUGAAUACUUGUGGCGCAAUACUCCACACCGAGUACUGCAUCACAAUACUCCAUAUCAAAUACUGUGGAGCAAUACUCCUCCACAAUAAAUACUUGCGGUGCAAUACUCCUCUACUACGGAUACUUGCAGCACAUAACUCUUCAUAACAAAUACCAGAGCCACAAUACUCCACCAAAGUGAGUACUACCACUGCAAAUCUCCAAAGUGAAUACUACGGGCGCAAUACUCCACAGUGUAAACUAGUUCGGCAAUACUCCUCCACAGCAAACAAUACUCCACCAGUGAAUACUUUUGGCGCAGUACUCCUCCACAGGAAACACAAUACUCUAAAACUUGCAGUGCAAUACUCCACAUCAAAAACUAGUGCCACAAUACUCCUCCAGAGUAAAAACUAGCGGCGCAAUUUCCUCCACAGCAGACAUGAGCGGCGCAAUACUCCCAGUUUGCACUAGAGGUCAGCCAAAAGCCGAUCUCGUCACAUAUCAGGCCAUAUAUAAAUAUAUAUCUCGAAGUAUACAUGUUACACUUAAGCCAAAUGCCAUGCAAUGCUGUAGUUGCAUGAGCCAUCAUGAAUGUGAAUGCAGUUUCUCCACAUGUAUAUGCAGAGAGCAGACGGCAGUGUUUAUUUAUUGUAGAUUCUCUGUAAACGAGCUUGAUAGGGUUUUUAAUGAAGUCUUAGUGUUAUCACACACACAUGCGGUGCAAUAAGAGAAUCGAACUGUAUUUCCUGAAUGUAGCACUCGAUGGAUUGAUCGCAACUACUUUGUGCUGAAAUGCAUUGUGGGUAAGUGCAUUAAGGCGUCUGAUGGCUGCUGGAAUGCCGCUGUUUUAAUGCAUGCCCACACUGAAGAUCCAGAGCAAACCUCCUCACUGCAGACCUGCUGACGCACCAGUGCAUGCUGGGAAACGCAGUGCUGGUGGGCGGAAGCAGAGAGACGUGUGCACAUUAAAUCAAUCCUGUGGACUGUUGGUUUUAAAUGGAAACCAGUGAAUAAAUACUCGUGCAAUAAUGGA